AUGGGCGGCGCCGGCGGCGAAAAGAGUAUUCUGCAAAAACACCUCCACCUGCUCCACCACCACCACCACCAUCACCAUAAUUGUGGAAAGAAGCAACAAGUGAGAGAUGUGCCAAAAGGGUGUUUGGCUGUCAUAGUUGGGCAAGGGGAAGAGCAGCAGAGAUUUGUAAUUCCUGUAAUUUACUUCAAUCACCCACUGUUCAUGCAGUUGCUCAAAGAAGCUGAAGAAGAAUAUGGAUUUGAUCAAAAAGGCACAAUUACUAUUCCUUGCCAUGUCGAGGAAUUUCGAUCUGUUCAAGGUUUGAUUGACAAAGAGCACAACUUCAGCCACCACCACCACCACCAUCAUAUGGGCUGCUUUAGGGUUUGA